AGCUAUCUAGAAAUCACAGCCGUAGAUGAGUUAAGGAGAUGCAUAUAGCCGGAGCUUCAAAAACCCUACUCGUCUUCCGUUUUCACUCUCUUCCGUGAAACCCUGCCAGCGCCGCUCAUUGGAAAGUCCGAGAUCGCCGGCGAUCCCAGUAAGAGAUGGGUGGAGAAGAUGUUAAGGCAGUGAUUCCAGAGUCGGUGUUGAAGAAGAGGAAGAGAAACGAGGAAUGGGCGCUGGCUAAGAAGCAAGAGACCGAGGCCGCCAAGAAACAGGCCAGAGAGAAGCGGAAGGUUAUUUUCAAGCAAGCGGAGAAAUUCGCUGCGGAAUACCAGGAGCAGGAAAAGGAGCUUAUUCGCUUGAAGCGCGAAGCUAAGUUGAAGGGCGGUUUCUAUGUUGAACCCGAAGCUAAGCUUCUGUUUAUUGUCCGCAUCCGUGGGAUCAAUGCGGUGGACCCGAAGACAAGGAAGAUCCUGCAGCUCCUGCGUCUGAGACAGAUCUUCAAUGGUGUCUUCCUUAAGGUGAACAAAGCUACAAUUAACAUGCUUCGUAGGGUUGAGCCCUAUGUUACCUAUGGCUAUCCCAACUUGAAGAGUGUGAGGGAGCUCAUCUACAAGAGGGGAUACGGGAAGCUUAACCACCAGAGAAUUGCCCUCACUGACAACUCGGUCAUUGAGCAGGCUCUGGGAAAGUACGGGAUCAUCUGCAUGGAAGGUCUAAUCCAUGAAAUAAUGACCGUUGGGCCUCACUUCAAGGAGGCGAACAACUUCCUAUGGCCAUUUAAGCUGAAGGCUCCGCUUGGUGGGCUCAAGAAGAAGAGGAACCACUAUGUGGAGGGCGGAGAUGCCGGAAACCGUGAGAACUACAUCAACGAGCUUAUUAGGAGGAUGAACUGAUGCCUUACGUUAUUCUCUUUUUCUAUUUCGGGGGUUGGAGUUGUAUUAUGUCUCGGACUAGAGAAGCUGAAUGGUUCUUUUCAAAGUUGGGGUACAAUUUUGGCUCUUUCUUGAGAUAAGUUUUGAUGAUGUUGCAGAAUUUGUUGUGGUUCUGUUAGUUAAUUGGAACUAAAGUUUGCCGUCUGGCUAUUAUGUCAUCUUUUUUACAAAGCAUAGGCACUUCAUCAUUUA